AUGCGAGCGUGGGCCCUCCUCUCCGCGGUGCUCUGGUACCUAGCAGGAGUUGGAUGCCAGCGUUCAUCCUUACUCAAUAAGAAAGGCUUCGUUUUUGGCAAGAUAGGACACCCAGUGAAAAUAUAUGUAAAAUUACAUCACAAUAGCCCAGUCCUUAUCUGCAUGGAUUUGAACCGUGCUAACACAGAAACAGUGGACCCCACCUAUUUAUGGAUUGGGCCUAAGGAAAAGACAUUAACAGAAAAUAGUCGAAUAAGUAUAACAGAAACAGGAAAGCUAAUGGUGAGAGAUUUUCUGGAGCCUUUGUCUGGACUUUAUACAUGUACUCUUUCUUAUAAGACUGUCAGAGCAGAAACCCAAGAAGAAACUACAGUAAAGAGGAGAUAUGAAUUUAUGAUCUUUGCCUAUCGGGAACCUGAUUAUUCAUAUCAGAUGGCUGUACGUUUUACUACAAAGUCUUGUGUAGGAAAAUAUAAUGACUUGCUCUUCCGAGUCCUGAGGAAAAUCUUGGAUAAUUUGAUCUCUGAUUUGUUGUGCCAUGUUGUGGAACCAUCAUAUAAAUGCCAUUUUGUUAAACUUCCAGAACGUAGCCUCAUACAUGAGCUGUUCAUAGCUUUUCGAGUUGAUCCUUUUGCACCGGGGUGGAAAAGUGCAUGCAAUGAUAGUGUUGACUGUGAAGAUAUCACUAAUCAUAAUAUCCUCAAGGCAAGAGACAGGAUAGAAGAAUUUUUUCGGAGCCAAGCAUAUACUUUCUAUCAUCGCCUUAAUAACACUGUACCAGCUAUGCAUUUUGUGGACCACAGUUUUCAAGUAGUACGUAUGGAUAGUUGUCAACCAGGCUUUGGAAAAGAUGAAGCUCUACACAGCAAUUGUGCUAGCUGUUGUGUGGUUUGUAGUCCUGGAACUUUUAGUCCUGAUGUUGAUGUUACUUGUCAGACGUGUGCUUCUGCCCAUGUAUAUGGAGCUAAGUCUUGCCCAUAA